ACUUGAGCAGCGACGUGUAUUCUGAAGACGAAAAUGUAGUAUUCGGUGAUGAUGACGAGAACGAAGAGUCGCUGCAGGACGAGAGCGCAAAAGAAGCAUAUGAAUUGAGGCGGUAUGGGUGCUGGUCCAAAGAACACAUAGCCAUGCGGUUGCCGUCCUAUCGAUCUCACUUCCUGCUGCUGAGCAGCAUCUGCAUGGAGGCCGUCCACGACUACCUUUCAUUUAGACUGGAAACGCGUCCGGAGAAUCCGUCCUGUUUAACUGUUAAACAGUUGAUCCACGAGCUGAAGGAGGGCCUGGACAUCUCGUCGGACAUGCGGCUGGAGUGGGUGCGCAACGUGGAGGCCAGCGUGGCCGACGCGCGCGCGCUGCAGCCGCGCCACGUGCGCCAUCUGCGCACGCUGCUCAGCACCUUCGACCACACCGCCGGCGACGUGCUCAAGCAAUACCUGUCGUACCUGCGGAUGAUGUCGGAGACGGAGCAGCUGGCGCGGUCGUGGCUGCAGGCGGAGUGGGAGUUCACGGCGCGCCUGGCGCAGCGCACGUGCAGCGCCGCCAGCCUCGCGCCGCAAGCCUUCACGGACAUAGCGUGUAACCAGCUGAACCGGGUACACAAAUCACUCCAAAAAAAAUUCGAAGAGUUAUUGGACGUUGAGAGCGUGGAGGCCGACAGCACCAGCGUCUGUGUCAGCAGACACACGGUGUUCGCGGCGUGCCGGCUGGCGCAGAGCAUCUACGCGGGCGAGCGCGAGGCGGCGCUGCAGGCGGCGCAGUGGGCGCGCGCGCUCGCCGCCCGCCUCGCGCGCCUCGCCGCGCACGCGCCGCACGCACACCUCGCCAUGAGGCAACAGAUCUUCGAGAGCCUGAUGACAGUUCGUGACUUCGUAGUAAAGAACGUGCACGAGAUCCUGAAGAAAAGCGACGCGCCCGUGACGGACGAAUACUUCAAAGAGUUGGACGAGAGCGUCAGCGGGCGCGUGCGCGAGCUGCUGCUGCAGGUGUUCAAGGUCGGCUUCGAGCUGGACAAAGAGCUGUACAAGUAUGUGCGCGCGCCGUUCAGUGCGUACGAGGAGCGCGAGUCGCGGCGGCGCCGGCCCGCGUCGCUGCAGCCGCCGCGCCCGCCGCCCGUGUCGCGCCGCCGCCGCCCCGACACCGUGCUGCUGCACGAGUCCUUCAACCCCAUGAUCCACAAAGAGCUGCAGAGGUUCGUGAACGACGCACCUCUCAGCCGACCCUCGGUGACCACCAACGCCACUCGUAGCCACUGGGCCAAGCUCAUUCGGUCAGAGAGCGUGGUGGAGGAGAAUGAAGUCAAUGUAUUCGACGCACUCAAUAACUUCGGAGAAAAUCAGACUCAGUCCCGCAUAGAGGCGCUGCUGGUGGGCGUGCGCGCGCCCGCGCCGGCCGACUCCCACGCGAGCGCCGGCGACGCGCGCGUGUCGGGCGAGGAGCGGCAGUGGGCGGCGCGGGUGGCGCGCGCCGUCAUCGAGUUCGCGCGCUGUUGGAUGGACUUCGUGGUGCGGCGCUGCGACCGGGGCAGGGGCACGCGGCCCAGAUGGGCGAGUCAAGGCCUAGAGUUCCUAACGUUGGCCUGCGACCCAUGCAACACUAAGCAUCUAAGCGAAGAGGAAUUUAAGGAAUUAAAACAGCUGAUGGACGGAUGCAUCUCCCACGUGAUUGGGUCGAGACCUCCGCCCGCCAAAUCUCCAGAAGGACCAGCACCUUCGCCACGACCUCGACACCGUCUACAUAGUCCCCUGCCAUCGUCCUCGUCACUUAAAGACGUGAGUACGCCCCCAACACCGCCUGGAGAACGGGAACCGUCGCUCGUCUUCCUAGAGAGAGAUCCGUCCUCGUACCAGCGUCGCGUGCUGUCGGCCGUGUCGCGUAUAGAGCAGCGCCGCGAGCGGCAACUAGUCGAGAACAAGCGCGUGGGCCGCGUGCUGGAGCCCGCCGUCACUCCCUACGAGCCCAAACUCAGGCAGCUCACCUUCAAGUGGCAGCGUGGGCUCAAAAUCGGUGCUGGAGCGUUUGGCAAGGUGUACACGGUGGUGAACACGGAGAGCGGCCAGCUGCUCGCGAUGAAGGAGCUGAGCGUGGGCGCGGGCGACCGGCGAGCGCUGCAGCGCGCCGCCAACGAGCUGCGCGUGCUCGAGGGCGUCGUGCACCCGCACCUCGUGCGCUACUACGGCUGCGAGCUGCACCGGGAGGAGCUGCUGCUGUUCAUGGAGCUGUGCGUGGAGGGCUCGCUGGAGGCGCUGGUGUGCGCGUCGGGCGCGCUGCCGGAGCCGGCGGCGCGGCGCUACACCAAGCAGCUCGUGUCGGCGCUGCACGCGCUGCACGCGCGCAACAUCGCGCACCGGGACGUCAAGAGCGGCAACAUCUUCCUCACGAACGACGGACACUGCCUCAAGCUGGGUGACUUCGGAUGCGCCGUCAAAAUCCGCGCCAACACCACCGCGCCGCACGAACUACAAGGAUUCGUCGGCACGCAAGCGUACAUGGCGCCGGAGGUGUUCAUGAAGAACAGUCACGGACGCGCCGCCGACAUCUGGUCGCUCGGAUGUGUCGUCACUGAGAUGGCUUCCGGAAAGCGCCCAUUCCCGGAGUACGACAACUACCAGAUAAUGUUCAAGGUGGGCAUGGGAGGACGGCCCGAGAUACCCGACACGCUCUCCGAGGAGGGACAGCAGUUCUGCGAGAGUUGUCUCACGCACGAGUCCGACCAGCGGCCCACUGCUGCCGCUUUGAGUCUUCACUCAUUCCUAAUGGUAAAGUCGGACGACGACUGCCAGUGCGACCCGGGACACCUGAUCUCGUAACGCGUAGCGCCGCAAUUACAUGUUAAUAUAAUGUAAUUAAUAUUUAUCGACGCUUCAAUAUUUAAUAUGCAACUAUGAAAUGGCAAUGUAUCUAGGUGCAAUCAAUAAAUAUUUUUGUUUUA